UGUGAAUUUGAGACGUAGCCCAACUCCCUCCUCGUAGUGGGACGGCCCAUUGACACAGUAGGAUAUACCUCUGUUCACAAGUUGGGUAACUUUUCCCUCAGCAGGUACUGUACUGUAGACUGCGCUCUGUACUGCACUUGUGUGCUGGACGCGCGCGCGAUGGCUCGGAACUGACUGCUUGUACACUGAAACACAAUGGCGCCGUUUGGACGAAACUUUCUUAAAGCGCGAUUGAAAAGCAGGUCUAAAGAAACAGAGGAGACACCAACUAAAGAAAUCCAAGUUUUAGUAGGCAAAGAGGAGAAAGUUGUUUCUGGUGUCACCAAGCACACAACUUGUGCUGAUGUGGUUCAGGCUUUACUGGAAGACCAUAAGACCAUACCAGAAAGUAAAAGACUCCUGCAUGGAGAGCCAAAAGAGUUCUGUCUCCUGGAGCGGUGGAAGGGGUUUGAGAGGGCUCUGCCUCCCCUCACACGUAUCCUCCGCUUGUGGAAUGCAUGGGGUGAUGAGAGACCCUUCAUACAGUUUGUCUUAGUGAAGACUAGUGAGUUUGUAGCCAAAAGGGCUUCAAAGUCUAAGGGGCUCAGGUCUAAGAGAUGGGAGCAGGGUCCAGUGCAGUAUGCCAGGAACCUUCCUGUGGAGCGCCAGAAACGCAUGGUGAAGAAGGCCUUUCGCAAACUGGAGAAAAUGCAGAAGCCAGGAAGCUCAGAGGGUUCUGAGGAAAUUGACAAAAUGGUGCAACUUAUCAUCUCCCAGGACUACACCAUACGACAGCAACUCCACCAGAUACGAGAACUGGACCUGGAGCUCGAGCUUGUGGAGCAGCAGCUGAGAGAAAACUGUCUGCCUGAUUCCAAGCUCACUGAGACUGCUAACAGCCAAUUGCUUUCAUUGUCUAUAUUCCAGGGUGAGGAGCAACUGCAGGAAUACCUGUAUACCAGUGAUGGUAUUGCACAACUGGACCUACAGGUGCUCAGACAUCAGGAACUCAUUGAUGAGCUUUCUAGAGACAUUGACCUGGAGCUGAGGAAAGCUGUUUCCAUAUUGGAUACUGAGGAACUUGAGGGGGCAACAGCUGCAAAUCCUGCUUUGGAAUUUGACCCCAUCUCUGCCCUGUCCUCUGCAGAAUCUUUAGAGCUGGAUACCUUGCAGAGUGAGUUGGAGGCAAGUAUGAGAGCAGGAAUUUCCCUCCACACCCAAACCCAGGACCUAGAAAAGGAGCUUCAGCAUAAUGCAACAUUGCUGCAGACCAGAAACCAGGAAUACCAGCACCUUAUUGCCCAGCUGAGCUCAAUGCAGCUGGAGGACUGUGCUGAGCCAUCCAUCCCUGCUUAUCUGAAGAACCCAGUCAGGCCUGAUGUGUCCCAGAAGACCACAGGGACACUUCGACAGAAACUUUCACCUAGUGAUGUGACAGACACAGACUCAGACACUGGCAUUAGUUCUACUCAUAGUCAGGACUCACUGUCUCCUUGCGUGGACAGACAGCCCCCUCUGGACACUGAUGUCUAAAUGAUGGACAUGCAAAUAUACAAUGCAAAGCCCACUUUGUCAGCUGGUCUUGAUGAAUAGGUGGUCUCCACGAAGGUCUUUAUAAUUAGGCUCUUUCAAAGAAGCUCUUUUUAAUUAGAGCCUUGUUCAAUUGAUAGAAAUAGAUAAAAUUGUGAUGCAUUAAUAGCAAUGAACAUGUACAGCAUGUGUAACAUAUGUAGCAGCCUUGCAUAAGUGAUGUAAGCCCCUCUAUACACUGUAUGGCCAAAUGUUUGUGGACACCUGACCAUCACACCCAUAUGUAGUUCUUCUCCAAACUGCUGCCACAAAGUUGGAAGCACACAAUUGUAUAGGAUGUCUUUGUAUGCUGUACCAUUACAAUUUCUCUCCAAUCUAAGGGGCCCAUUCCAAAUGUUCCAUUUUAAGAAAAUCCUCAUUUUUCACACUUUUU